CCCCUUGCCAAGGUUCUGCCCUCAGAGGAGGCUGAGCAUUGCUAAACUAGCCAAGCCUAGGUCCUGGGCCUUGACCAUGUGUCUGUGGUAGGACUGUGCCGUUAGAAGCCCUUCCUGAUCCCUGACCUCUGCUCUGUGCUGUCCCCCACUCCCGGGCAGCCCUUCUGGGGAGUCUUGUGCCCCCAGAGCCUGAACUUGGCUGGGCUGAGGCGGAAAGUUAGCAGAAGAAGUUUGGGCUCUCCUGCACUCCGUAGCUGAGGACUGAGCAAGAGGCCUAGGGGCGGGCCGGCCUGGGCGAGGGGCAGCCCUGGCCUUGAGCCAGGUUCCCUAGCAAGAUGGGGUGCAGGCAGGUGGGCAGGGAGCCGGGCAGCCUGGGCCAGGGCUGGGCAGAGUGUUAUAUGGAGGCUAGAACUGGGGAGCAGGGAUGCUGCGUGUGGGGCACGAAUGCCCGGGCCCCAUCUGUUCCCCCCCGGGCAGCUCUGCGGACAUGGAUGUGUUCCAGAAAGUAGAGAAGAUCGGAAAGGGCACCUAUAGGGUGGUGUAUAAGGCCAAGAACAAGGACACCGGGCAGCUUGUGGCCCUCAAGAAGAUCAGGCUGGAUUUGGAGACUGAGGGGGUCCCUAGCACUGCCAUCAGGGAGAUCUCCUUGCUCAAAGAACUGAAGCACCCCAACAUUGUCAGGCUGCUGGAUGUGGUGCAUAGUGAGAAGAAGCUGUACCUGGUGUUUGAGUUUCUCAGUCAGGACCUGAAAAAGUACACGGACUCCACCCCAGCCUCGGAGCUCUCACUGCAUUUAGUCAAGAGCUAUGUCUUCCAGCUGCUACAGGGAGUAAACUUCUGCCAUUCUCAUCGGGUCAUCCACUGAGACCUGAAGCCCCAGAAUCUGCUCAAUGAGUUUGGAGCCAUCAAGCUGGCUGACUUUCAACUGGCUCGAGCCUUUGGGUUGCCCCUGCGCACCUACACCCACGAGGUGGUGACACUGUGGUAUCGUGCCCCUGAGAUCCUCUUGGGUACCAAGUUUUAUUCAACUGCUGUGGAUGUCUGGAGCAUUGGUUGCAUCUUCGCAGAGAUGGUGACUCGAAAAGCCCUGUUUCCAGGGGACUCUGAGAUUGACCAGCUCUUUCAUAUCUUUCAAAUCCUGGGGCCUCCCAGUGAAGACACCUGACCAGGAGUCACUCAGCUGCCUGACUAUAAGGGCACCUUCCCCAAGUGGACUAGAAAAGGACUAGAGGAGAUUGUGCCCAAUCUGGAACCGGAAGGCAAAGACCUGCUCAUGCAACUUCUGCAGUACGACCCCAGCCAGCAGAUCUCAUCCAAGGCUGCCCUGGCCCAUCCAUACUUAUCUAUAGAACCCUCCCCGGCCCCCUGCCGGUGUGUGCUGGAGUGUUUCUACCGCUGAGAAUGUUUGAAACCCUCUCUCAGCUGCCGCCCUAUUCAACUUCCAAAGAGAGAACAAAUCUGGGAAGAAAGCAGAGCUCUAAGGAAUUUUGCAUUAGCCAUCAGAGGACUGAAUUUGAGUUGGUCCUGCCAGCAGGUUAUUGAGUUCCUGGGUUGUUUGUUGAUUUUUUUUUUUUUUUAGGUACCGGGGAUUGAACUCGGGUCCUUGUGCUUGAGCAGCAGGCGACAAAACCACUAAGCUAAAUCCCCGCCCGUUUGUUGAUUUUGAUGGUGCGAUUUCCACAUGGCACAGGUGCUCCAUGUAGGAGGGGGAAUAUUAGAUGCCCAGUCCUCUGGCACUGGAACAAGAGGUGCCAAGUUGAGAGGGCUGCAGGUGAGGUGCAACCAGCAACACCUUCACCUGCGGAGGCAGGCCCUGGGAAGGGAUGCCCCCUGCUGGUCUUUUUUGAUGUUAAAAUGUUUGCAAGAAGAGUUGAAUUCUGUUCAGAAUUCCACAUUUAAUGGGAAAGAGGGAACAGAGGAGACAGCUUCCUGACCCAGGAGAGUUCGGGGCACCUGCAGCUGUUCUAAGUACUUGUCCCUUUAACCAAGAUGUAUUUGUGUUGGUUUGCUUCUACUUGAUGCAUGGGAAAUAAACACGACGGGGUCCUGAGUU